AUGCCUUAUAGCCCUACCAACUCCUUCCCUGACAAGGAGCCUGCGCGUUUCCUGCCAGUGCUCUUCGUGUGUACUAUCAUCUUCGCUCUAUGGGCCAUAUACAACUUUGUCCAUAUCUUGCCGCUGCUGCAGUUCGACAGACCGACAGCUGUACGUCGUGAAAUGGCCCAACGAGGAUGGAUUGAGCUGGUCAUAUUCAACGCCCUCUUCGCCAUGCUACUUGUGUGCUACACUCUAUGUGUUGUUACUAGUCCUGGGGAGAUACCAAACACUGAAAAGUGGUUGUAUAAUGGAGGAGGAGAAGACGAGCCUGUUGGAGCUGAUCUUUCCGGACUGGAUGCACAAGAGAAGAAGCGGAGUGGGGAGAGGAGACACUGUAAAUGGUGUGGGAAGUUCAAACCCGACAGAUGUCAUCAUUGCCGAGUCUGCAAGAGAUGUGUGUUGAAGAUGGACCAUCACUGCCCAUGGAUAUACAAUUGUGUUGGCUUCCGUAACCACAAGUACUUUUUCCUACUGCUCUUCUAUGCAACACUCACGGCUCACUUUGUGUGGAUCACUAUGAUCGAAUCGGUGAGAUUGGGAAUUGAGCCUUUAGGACGAGUCUUCCUACUGGUAUUUGGCAUGGUCCUCUCAUCUCUCUUCGGGUUACUGUUGACAGUGUUCUUUGCUUUCCACAUAUGGUUGGCGUUCAAGGCGAUGACCACUAUAGAGUACUGCGAGAAGUCUAGCAAGAAACAAGACUAUACUGGGUCUAUGUAUCAUCGUGGAUGCUACGGCGACUUCAUAGCAGUAGUUGGGCCGAAUCCUUUCUUUUGGCUUUUGCCUAUAGCAUAUGGUAGAGGCGAUGGGAUGACUUUCACCAGCAACAACAGUGAGGGGAGUCGGAAGGUGUCUGUGACUAGCAGCUAUGACAAGCAUCGUAUAGGGAGUGAUGGAAAAGGAGAGGGUUCGUCUCGGUCUACUCUCGAGGAUCGUAGUGCCGACACCAAACGGGUGGCCAAAUACAUGGAGGAGGAUGAACAGCGUGCCCCGGAGUCGAGCGAGCCGCUACUGUGA